CCGCCCACGCUCAGUGGGCCCGGGGCGGGGUUUCUGCUGCCCGCCGGGGCUGGCUGGGGCCGGAGCCGGAGCCGUCUUUCCCACCUCGCAGCCUCCCGCGCCUCGCAGCUCCUCCCGCCGCAGCAAGGCGCCGGAUGAGGCCACGCCGCCAUGACGGGCAGUAAUAUGUCUGAUGCUCUCGCAAAUGCAGUAUGUGAACGCUGCCAAGCUCGAUUUGAUCCUGCAGAGAGGAUUGUGAACAGCAAUGGGGAGCUCUACCAUGAAAACUGCUUUGUCUGUGCUCAGUGUUUUCGUCAGUUCCCAGAUGGACUUUUUUAUGAGUUUGAAGGUCGGAAGUACUGUGAACAUGACUUUCAGAUGCUGUUUGCUCCUUGCUGUGGAGAAUGUGGUGAGUUCAUUAUUGGGCGUGUUAUCAAGGCAAUGAACAACAACUGGCACCCAGAAUGCUUCCGCUGUGAGCUCUGCGACGUAGCGCUUGCUGACCUGGGCUUUGUGAAGAAUGCUGGCAGGCAUCUGUGCAGGCCAUGCCAUAACCGUGAAAAAGCCAAGGGACUGGGCAAGUACAUCUGUCAGAAGUGCCACUUGAUAAUCGAUGAGCAGCCUCUGAUGUUUAGGAAUGAUUCCUACCAUCCGGAUCACUUCAACUGCACCCACUGUGGGAAGGAGCUGACUGCUGAGGCCCGGGAGCUGAAGGGAGAGCUCUAUUGCCUGCCCUGCCAUGACAAGAUGGGGAUCCCCAUCUGUGGAGCGUGCCGCAGGCCCAUCGAGGGGCGAGUGGUCAAUGCUUUGGGAAAGCAGUGGCACGUGGAGCAUUUUGUUUGUGCCAAAUGUGAGAAGCCAUUCUUGGGGCACAGGCACUAUGAGAAAAAAGGACUGGCUUAUUGUGAAACUCACUAUAACCAGCUCUUUGGAGAUGUCUGCUACAACUGCAGCCAUGUGAUCGAGGGAGAUGUGGUAUCAGCCCUUAACAAGGCAUGGUGUGUGAAUUGUUUCUCCUGCUCCACCUGCAACAUCAAGCUUACACUGAAGAAUAAGUUUGUGGAGUUUGACAUGAAGCCUGUAUGCAAGAAGUGCUACGAGAAAUUCCCUCUGGAGCUUAAGAAACGCCUGAAGAAGUUGUCAGAGCUGGCAUCCAAGAAGGCACAUCCCAAAGCUCUGGAUUUAAACUCUGCUUAAACGGGUCUGGCAGUCAACGAAUGCACUCUUACAGUCAUGAGCUGCUGCUCACAGCAGCUGUCGAUUACAGAGGCAAUUACUAACAAAUGAAACCAAAGAUCAGUAAUACCUUUCCCUGCUUCUGGUAAUGUUGCUUGCAUCUUGACUAUCCCUUUUCUCAAGCAAUUGUCUGUUAACACUGGCAGAAAGAAGAACAUGAUUACUGCUUGGGAGGUUCACAAGCUGGUUAUUAAUCUGCUAACAACUUAUUCUGCCUUUGUAGAAUUUUGCACAGUCUUUCCUUCCUCAGUUGAAUUGUAGCUCUUUCUCCAUUCCUCUAUAAUUUAAGGAAAUUGAGAACAGUGGUUGAGUGUAGGGCUGGAAGAAAUGCAUGAUUUGCUCUUUUUCAGUUAAAGUAUAAAAAUUUCUUACCCUGGGUGAAGACCUUUUUUUUUUUUUUUUUAAUAUGCUGGCAAAUAUUCUGAAAGCUGACACUCUUUUCUACAUCCAGAAUGUUCUGGUCUUUCUCCAGAUUCCUACUGAGCAUAUAUGGAUGCUGUACAAUCCUUCUGGUUUGCCAAGUUUACUGGGAAAGCCCAAGAGCCAGUUGUUACAGAAUUUGCACUGCCUGCUUGUUGGGUUCAGAACUAAUGUUAAGAAAGAUGAAGUUUGCUUUGCUGCUUCCUUGGUCAGUAGUAAGGAGAUUUCAAUUGCCAAGGCAAUGUCAGAUUCUUCAGAAUAGUUGGGCUCUCCUUAAAAAGGAGGUGGCUACAGGAAAUAAAAGGGUUUGUUAGAAACUGACACUAUUUUCUCAGUUUGUUCUCUACUACUACACGGGUAGUAGGGUUCUGGGUGUCAGCACAAAUCAUGUCCUAUCCACUGGCAUAGCUUUCUUGAGGCAGAGUGGCUGGAGCCUUGGUUAUGCAUUUGCAAGAUGAAAUCCAGUUGAUAAAAUGGUACCAGUUUAAGUGAUUCUUUUUCAAGUCCAGUCCUCACUUUGUAUGCAUGAUGAGUAUUCACUUGUAGGUCAUGCUCCAGAAAGCCUAAAUACAUGAAAAAGUUUCUAAGAUUUACAGUUUGUAGCAAAUAUGGUUUUAUGCAGAAAAAAACCAACAACCCAGGAAGUAUUUUUCUUAAAAUUUUCAGCUUCUCAUCACCUUUCUUCUUAAAAACUGAGUAGACCUAAAGACAGGACCUCAGGUAUAAAUCUGUGCAUCUUAAGCAUAUAGUUCUGCUCUGUAGUUUUGCCUGUCAGUGGUGAAAUUUCACUGGUCCUGCUGUAACUGUUAGUACAACCCAAGGUGCUGAGAAAUGUACUGGCUUUGAACAUUCCCAAUAUUUCUUUAUGGGUGAGCUAUCAGCAGUGCUGUUCCUGAGUCCACUUGUGUCUUGUAUAAUUACAGUGAGCUUCUGAGACCUCUGGGGUCUCAGAACAUCCCCCAUGAUGUCAUCUGCUGAAGCAGGCAGCCUGAAAAUCCCUUUCCAUGAAUAGCUGGAGACCUUGUCUGCCCUUUUGAGAGGUGGCAGGAUGGAAGGUACUGGACGACUUCUGUCCCUUGCCUAAUUAAAAAAAAACGUGUAUAGUUUAGUAGAUCAAAUGAAUACAGCAGUUGGGCCUGGGCACCACCCUGCAGCCCCGGUUGAACUACCUAGCAAGAAGUUAAAGCCUUCCCACUUCUUGGAUGUGUGAGCAGCAGCUGGGCUGGGGCAAAAAUCUACCUGAAAAUUGUGCUGGCUGGCAGUAGGCCUUGCUCAGUGUAGCUCUGAAGCCUUGAUGGCUGUUAAUGCACUCACUGUUACCCAUGAGAGCUGCACACCCGGUGUCACAGCAGUGCUGGGACAUCCCAACUAAUGGUGUGCAGGUGAGAGCCCCCUCAAGACCAUCUCUUAGGUUCUCACUGGCUUUGCUCACUCAAUUUCCUUCAACUGUUUUGCUUUUUGCUGCUCUAAGUUACCAUAAAUGUUCAGCUGUUGUGUGCUGCAACACUGCUGAAGGCUCAGGCUUUACCUUCAACAGAACUCUUCCAUCCUCUUCUAAGAGAGAUGCACUGUAGAUUACUGUGGUAGUACCUACUUCUGUCACUGCUUUAGGAGAACAUGUGGCCACUGCAAAGAACAAUCUUGUAUGCUUAUUCAUUGACUUUUUUUUUCACAGCAUGAACCACAAGCACCACUGAUGUGGGUGCAGUUUGGUAUGUUAUGUGGCUUCUUCUCAGCGCAGAGCGUUCAGGUCUGUUCCUAUACUCUUGGCCUCUUGCUAAUACUAAAUCAAAGCACCUGUGUCUGGGAAGAUGCAGCCACACAGCUCCAGGUCAAUAUGGAGAGGCUGUGUAACUAGCAGGCAGUAGGUAAUAUUCUUUCUAUAGCCACUCUCAAGUGCAGCAAUGGAAAAUGCAUGUAUGGAGAAGUGAAUGGAAUUACUUUUGUACUUGUGCAAGUGGAGAUUUAGUGUGUGCUCUCACUUGGCUUCAUGUUCCAAGUCUGGUAGACCUAGCAGGCUGCACUGUUCAAAGGACAGAAUUCUCUUUGGUAAGGUGUUCAGUUCUUUUAAGAUUUGGAUUCUGGCCUUAUGUUCACGGCAUUUCCUAAAAUUAGUGGGCAGAAAAAAAUCAUCAGUAAUCCCUGAUUCCUGUAUUAUCAGAGACUGAUGUUCUUCUGGUAUCUCUUAAUUUUUUCAUUUUUCAGAACUAUUUUUCUUAUACUCCUGGUGCCCAUAGUUUGCAAUAUGCAGAGUUACAGCAGUGAGUAUUUACUGGCAUGGUUUUUGUGGGACAGUGGAAUAGAAUGAGUAGGAGAGACAACUAUAAAUAUUUUGCAUAAAUUAAUCUUCCUCUACCUUUUUGAGUCUGCUUUUUAAGAACUGCCAACUUAAGAAUUCCCUUUAAUGUAUUGAUAGGCUGACAGGUUGUUCUGUGGAGGGUUUUUUAGUUGUUUUUUUGUUUGUUUGUUUGUUUGUUUAUUUGUUUUAUAAAGGCAAGGUCUUGGUCAGAAAUAACAUGCAUGCUUUUUUACAUUGCUGUAAACAGACAUCCUGGCCAAAUUAAUCUGAGGUAUCACACCACUGGACAGCAUAGAAUUUUAUCAAGGCAGAACUUGGCUCAGAAGUCUACACUUAGUAAACGCUGUUGUCUCAUUCUAUACAUUUUUAGUUUACAUUCAUACUUAUAUAUACUAAAUUAAAAUCACUAACAUUCACUGAAUACACUUGAAAAUGGUUUUGCAUUUAGAAACCAUAGUAUGUGAAUCUUGUUUGUAUUCAAAGGGUAUGUUAAUCACUUACAGUCUUUCUUUAUGGCAAACUAAUCUGCUCUUGAGGUUUGCAUCCUGGUCUACAUUUUUGCAGCAGCUGGUGCAAUGCAGGGAAAUGUUCAGCCUCCUGUUGAGAGAGAUUUGAGAUCCUCUGUGUUUUGUAUUAGGUGAUGUGACUGAUGUUUUUUUUAAAAAGUGGUUGGUUGAUGAAGGAAUAGAUUGCAGGCAAACAUGUACUAAAUGUGGUUGUACUAGUCUGUAAAGCACUAGUAAGCACUGAGGAUGGUCUAGACUCAGAAUCAGCAGCUAUUUGCCUUGGUUCAGGCCUUGAUGAGCAGUGUGGAUUCUGCACCAUGUGGAGCUCUCCUUUUAUCACACAUUGCUUGUGCUGUCUAACCAAAACGGGAUUUUGGAUUAAAAUGUUGUAAUACUGUACUCUUUUAUGUUCCUGAAAUAAAGUUAACUACACAAAAUGUUUACACCUUCA